GAGGAAAGAGUGCUUCGAUGUCACGGUCAGUCGGGCGGGAAAUGAGCGGCUAGGAAGCGUAACACGGCAAUGUCCCGCAGUUGUCGUCGAGCUAGCGCGACAUGAAGCGAGCAGUACCUGGCACAGGGACGCGCGACUGUUCUUUAUCUGAAAUGUGUCUCUCUUAUCGCGCUCCAGCCACGAAAGCGUGGACGUUAACAGCACCGCGUGACUCGUGCACUUUGAGACGGAGACGGUUCAGAAGUAUCCAGUAUCAAGCAUGAACAAAUCUGUGGAGAAUCUGUUGAUAUCUAGCCACGAGGUAAUCAGUAGCAUCAAUUCUUCGAGCUUGAGCAGUCAAAAUAAUUUGGGUAACGUUGCACCCGUGGAUAAUCAGACUCAGGAGUCACCGGUUGGCUCUGCCGUCGAGCGUAGCAGUCCUGUGUCCAGUCCCAACUUAUCCCCACGUCCCAGUCCUAGAGCCCAUUCCAGGCGAGAGUAUUCCAGGUUGAACUCUGAUUCUUCGGCCAAAGAGUCGCUUCGUACAAACAAGUCGGAGGAUCAGCUGUCUCAGAAUUUGAUAAGCAGAUCGUCCGAUUCGGCAGAGCUCGGCAAGAGCUCGUCCCACGAGGGCAAAAAAGAGUCGCGUGGCAGCGAUCGCAGCAAGAAGAAGUCGUCCUGGUAUAAUGUGCUUUAUCCCACAUAUAAAUCUCGUUCCGAGGACUUUAAGCGAAUAUUUAAAGACGUGCCCGAUGAUGAGAAAUUGGUGGUAGAUUAUUCUUGUGCUCUGCAGCGUGAAAUAUUGGUACAUGGUAGACUUUAUGUGUCUCAAAACUAUGUGUGUUUUUAUGCUAAUAUAUUUAUGUGGGAGACAUUGGUCUCCUUACGUUGGAAAGACGUUACAUCCAUUACCAAAGAAAAAACUGCGCUUGUCAUCCCGAAUGCUAUCCUGAUAUGCACCGUUACUGACAAGUUCUUCCUAACAUCGUUUGGAGCGAGAGAUAAAACGUAUGUGAUGUUGUUUCGCGUUUGGCAAAAUGCUCUCAUUGGCGAGGUAUGCAUCAUAUUAUUAUACAACUAACUGCAUAGAAAUCUUUCUCAUU